AUGAGAGUCAGUGUUUUAAAAUAUGUUCUUUUUUCAAUUGCUAUUUGUUCUUUUGAAUAUGCCAAAAAUGAACUAUACUUUGUAAACGAUAGAGGGAUAUGCCUUGAAAGGAAUGUGAUAAACUUUAGAAAUAAUAGGAUAUUAGCAUAUAUAGAUAACCAAUUUGAUUUAAAUGAAUUUUAUCAAUCAACUUUGAGUCUUGCAAGUCAACUUGGUGAUUAUGUUGAAGGUAACAAAGAAAUAGCACACCUUCGAAAUAUUAUAGAUUCACAUAUAAAGAAACAUAAAGGAAGUAACACAUCACUUGAUUUCAAAAAUGUAGAUAGUAAGACAAAAAAAUUAAUUAAUGAGUGUCGAAAAGAAUUAGAAGAAUUAAAAAAAAAAAUUGCUGAUAAAACGAAUGGUGAAUUAGCAAUACAACCAAUACUGGAUAAAAAAAUAAUAAAAAAAAAUGGAAAUAGUUCUGUAUCAGAACAUGAAAACUUUAAACAAUUGGAAAACGAAGGAAAUUUCUUGGGGAUUGACGAUGAUAAUUUUGAAGACGAAUAUAAUGAAAUUACAUCAAGUAGUAAUUAUAAGAAAUUCAAAAUUGAUCGAAAGUUAAAAAAAGAAAAUAAAAAAUUAUUUAAGAAGUUUAUGGUGUUUAUGGUAGCUCAUUUUGCGAUAGUAGCAUCAGGAUGGGGGUACUUAAUAUUACUAGUUAUACCGUAUACGAUUUCCAUAAUUAAGAACUGUUGGACAAACUUUAAAUUAUCCUUUAAAAAAUCAGAAAUAUAA